AUGACGACACGCGCGGCUUUCACGCUGCUCCUCUUCGCCAGCUCAGUAUUGUCAUUUGUGCUACCGAUUCCACAUGCCCAGCCUCCCCAGAGAGUCACAGACAGCUACAACAACGCCCUGCACAAGCUGAAUCCCAUGCAACAGACCAACAACCUCGUCUGCCGAGUCAGCCGCCAGAGCAUGUCCUGCUACGGCGGGCCCGCCGUCACCCUCCAGACCUGCCAGUCCACAUGUACCUGCGAGAACGGCCGGAUCUCGUGCCCCAGCUACAAAUACUGCGACGACAGCACGAUGGACACCUUCUGCGGCGGCCUGUGCCAGUGUGCCGGUAGCGGAAGCAGUGGCUACUCUUCGCCGGGGUCGUCGUCGCAGGGAGGCAUAGCCAAACCAAAGCCGAACAGAGAUUCGGUCUUCGUCAUGAGUCCGCAUCGAUACUCGGCCCCUUCGCGGAAACAAGUCGACGAUGACGACGACUUUGGCGACGACGACGACGAUGAUGAUCUGCGGAAACGGAAGAUGAAGCGUACCACCAAAAGGUCCACGGACAUUCCCAUGGCCGGGGCUUCUCUCUGA